GACUUUGUUGGCAGGAGUGACCAGAAUAAAAACAGCAACACCAGACACAGGAGAGAGGGAGAAAAAAAAGCACAAUGAUCCAUCGAAACGCAAGCUUUGCCCUUUCUUAAUUACGUUGCAUCCAGUGUCUUUGCAUCCCAGCCCCCCACCCCACCGCGCCUCCCUUCCUUUUUUCCCCCCUUUUCUGAGACGUUUGUGAAGUGGUAAUUAGCUCUAGGAGAAUAAAACCAGCUGAUUUGGAUCGGGCUGGUGCAUUUUGGGGCGAGAUGGCUACCAGGAUGGUUGCGCUGCUGCUUCUCGGCUCGCUGCUGCUCUCCCUGCUGCAGCCUUCCCUACAGGGAGGAGUGUAUGUGCCUGCUGGUACAGGAGUUGGAAUUCCAGGUGGAGGUGUGCCACCAGGUACUGGAAUUCUCCCAGGAGGUGCUGGGGUCCCAUUCAAACCAGCCAAAACUGGAGCAGGAGGCCUUGGUGCUGGUGGACUUGGUUUUGGUGGACUUGGUGCUGGUGGAUUUGGUGCUGGAUUAGGAGCAGGUGGUCUUGGCAUCGGAGCUGGAGGAAAGCCACCUAAGCUAGGUUAUGGAAACUUGGGAGCAGGUGGCCCAGGCACUGGAGGAUAUAGACCUGGAGUUGGUUAUGGCGGAUAUGGCGGUGGAGUUAUCCCUGGAGCAGGAGGACUGAAGCCUGCAAAACCAGGUGCUGCAGGCCUCAAGCCUGGAAAAGGAGGGCCAGGUACUGGAGGGACAGUAAUAGGUACUGGCUCCACAGGCCUUGUACCUGCCGUUGGUCCUGUACCCCCUGCUGGAGCUCCAGUCAUUCCUCAGACUGGUUUCCCAGGUGUGGGUCCUGGUGGAAAAGCUGCAAAACCAGGAAAGGCACCAGUGCCAGGGGUUGGAGUGCCUGGAGCCUUUCAAGGUGGAAUUCUACCUGGACAAGGGUUUGGUGGCCUAGGUGUGCUUCCAGGUGUAGCAACAGGAACUGGACUUAAACCAAAGUCAGGUACUGGUGGGCCAGGUCUGAUGCAACCAGGGGUCUUUCAUGGAUACCCUCUCAAAUCUCCCAAAAUCCCAGGUGGAUCCCCUUAUACUGGAGGCAAAGUUCCAUAUGGUUAUGGUGGCUUUGGUACUGGUGCAGGAUUACCUGGUGGCAAAGGAGGAGCUAGCAUUAAGCCUGGCUACCCCACUGGCACUGGUGUGGGGAACUUGGGUGUCUCAGCUGCACAGGCCAAAGCUGCUAAGUACGGCGCUGCAGCUGGCUUAGGUGGGGUUGGAGGUGUACCAGGAGUUGGGGGACUUUACCCAGGUGUUGGAGGUGUAGGUGGUCUUUCACCAGCUCAAGCCAAGGCUGCUAAAUAUGGUGCUAGUGCUGGCUUAGGUGGAGCUGGAACUGGUGCUGGUUUCGGUGGUCUUGGUGGUGUAGGACCGGGAGGAGUUUACCCUGGAACAGCAGGUGCAGUAGGACUCACCCCUGCUCAGGCGAAAGCUGCUAAAUAUGGUGCUGGUGCUGGAUUGGGUGGAGCUGGAACUGGUGCUGGUUUAGGUGGUCUCGGUGGUGUAGGACCUGGAGGAGUUUACCCUGGAACAGCAGGCAUAGGAGGACUCACCCCUGCUCAGGCGAAAGCUGCUAAAUAUGGUGCUGGUGCUGGAUUGGGUGGAGCUGGAACUGGUGCUGGUUUCGGUGGUCUUGGUGGUGUAGGACCUGGAGGAGUUUACCCUGGAACAGCAGGUGCAGGAGGACUCACCCCUGCUCAGGCUAAAGCUGCUAAAUAUGGUGCUGGAUUGGGUGGAGCUGGAACUGGUGCUGGUUUAGGUGGUCUUGGUGGUGUAGGGCCUGGAGGAGUUUACCCUGGAACAAUAGGUGCAGGAGGACUCACCCCUGCUCAGGCUAAAGCUGCUAAAUAUGGUGUUGGUGCUGGAUUGGGUGGAGCUGGAACUGGUGCUGGUUUAGGUGGUCUCGGUGGUGUAGGUCCUGGAGGAGUAUACCCUGGAACAGCAGGUAUAGGAGGACUCACCCCUGCUCAGGCUAAAGCUGCUAAAUAUGGUGCUGGAGCUGGUGUAUUUUUUGGAGGUGCAGGUGGCGUCCCAGGAGCUGGAGUGUACCGUGGUGCAGGAGGAGGUCUUACACCUGCCCAGGCCAAAGCAGCUAAAUAUGGAACUAUUGCUGGUUUAGGUGGACCUGGAGCUGGCUUGGGUGGUGUACGAGGUGCUGGAGGAGUUUUCCCUGGAGCAGGUCUCACACCUGCUCAAGCAAAAGCAGCAGCUCAAUAUGGUGCUGGAGGCGGUACUAGAGUGGGUGGUCUCGGUGGAGCAGCAGGAUUAGGAGGCCAAGGUGCAGGAUACGCUGCUGCAAAAGCUGCAAAAUAUGGUGUUCCAGGUGGUGUGCCAGGUGGUGUGCCAGGUGGUGUUCCAGGUAGUGUGCCAGGUGGUGUUCCAGGAUAUCCUGCUGGUGCUAAAGCAUUGAAAUAUGGUGUGCCAGGUGGUGUGCCAGGUGGUGUACCAGGUGGUGUGCCAGGGGGUGUGCCAGGAGGAUAUCCUGCUGGUGCUAAGGCCCUCAAAUAUGGAGGGACUGGUACGGUGCAAGGAGUUGUUGGAGGAACAGGUGGAAUCCCAGGAACAUCCACAGGAGCCGGAACAUAUCCUGUUGGAGUUAAGCCUCCAAAAUAUGGAGGUGCAGGGACUGUAUCAGGAACAGGUGGAGUGCCAUUGCCUGGAACAGGGACUGGAAUUGGAGUAUAUCCUGGUGGAGUUAAGCCUCCUAAAGGUACGGGGACUGUAGUAGGAACAGGAAUAGCACCAGUGCCUGGACCCGGGACUGGAGGAGUACCGUUGCCUGAAACCGGAGGAUAUCCUGGUGGAGUCAAACCUCCUAAACCUGGUGUACCAAGCACUGGCAUUACUGGAACAGGUAUUUUAGUACCUGGAGCUACACCUGCUGUGGGUGUUUUGCCAGAAGGAACUGGACUGGAUGUUCCUGGUGGCACGGGAUUACCUGUGAAACCAGCAAAGGGCCCAACUCUGGCCCCUGGUGGAACUAUUGGUCCAGGACCGACAGCUAGUGUUGAAACUGGCAAGGCCCCUAAGCCCAGCACAGGUGAAAUACCUCAAGUUGGAGUACAGCCUGGUCCUCUUGUUAAACCUCCAAAGACUGGUGGUGCAGGUCCAAUCCCGUAUGGUGGCUAUGGUGCUUAUCGCGGCGUCACUCCAGGAGGAGCUGGAGUUCUUCCAGGAGCCAAGCCAAUUACAGCACCAGGUGUGAGAUAUCCUACUGGUGUCGGCCUUGGACCAGGUGGCGCUGGGGUUAAACCAGCCAAACCAGGCUAUGGCUCAUUGGGCACUGGAUAUCAGCGAGGUGCCAUUGCUCCAGGAACCUAUGGAGGCUAUCCACAGGUUUAUCCAGGAGGAUAUGUGGCCGGGCUGACACCUCAACAAGCUAAAGCCGCCAAAUAUGGAACACUUCAAGGAUUCCUGGGUGGAGGUUACAGAGGUGGCGCAGGGUGCCAAGGCAAAUACUGCGGCAGGAGGAGAAAGUAAACACUCCCUUGGGACAUGAAAUGACCUCAAGAAACAAUGGUGCUACUGCAUGAUCUAGAAUGUACAUUUGAUAUGCAAAAACAAUCCUAACAUGUAAAAAAAAAAAAAAAGUUUUAUACCUACAGAACAUGUUUUUUUUUUCAAACCCAAAGAGAAGCUGAGGAAACAGGAUGACCAUUCCAGCUGUUCAUCUGACACAUUCCAACAUGUUGCUGAUGUCUCUUUUGUAGAUAGGGACACCAAAUCAAGAAACUAAUAACCAGGUUCAUCAUUUGUCAUUGUAGACCUUGAGGCACUUAUUUCUUUCCUUUUUUUUUCCUCAAGAUUUUGUAAGACAAAAGCCAUGAUAUUUCCCUUCUGAUGGUGAUGGCAAUGGUUGAUAGACCUUGUGUAGCAGAAUUGGUUUAUAAUUUUUGCAUUAGAUAUCUAAUGCACUUUAUUAUUGUUUGUUCAUAUUUAUAGGUGAUGGACUUUCGUGCCUAAAUAAAAAAAAAAAAAUGGUUUAUCAAGUACCUCUGUGGAGACCUCUGUGCUCCAAACAAGUCAAAAACAUUCAAACAAAAUGUCAGUUGUGGUAUUUUUUUUGUACUUCUGAUAGGUCUUUCCAAACUUUUUAAAGCUUAUUUUGGAUAUAGGUCUUUAUUGGCUUUAGGGUUGUGAAGCUAUAUCAAUCAUAAUUCCGUCCAGUGGUCAUGAAGAAUCCUACAAAAUGUGACUCUGGGGACAUGUAUCCUCACAUUUCAUCAAUACCGUUUACAAUAAAUCCGAAUCCUGAUCUAAAAGCAGGUCAAAAUCUUAAUGAAUUCUGGGUACAAAAAUAUCAGCAGUGGUGAACUAUGGCGGAUUUGAUUGAGGCUGUAUUGUGCAUAUUUAGCUCAGCUAUGAAACAGUUCUGCAAAAGACCAGGUGGCAUCUGAACGGUGUUGUAAAGUGUUGAAAAUUAUUUUGUGGCAUCUGAUAAGAUCCACUGUAUUGUCUCAUCCAUUUUUGCUAAUUGUGUUAUAUAUAUGAAGAGCUAACUUGCUAAGAUUAUAUUGCUAAGAUGAAAAAGCGAAAGAUAUACAUAUUUUAAUCAGUUAAAAAAGGCAGUUUACUAAAAGAGAUAUAGUAGUGCUGAUUUUACAAUAGACUAGUUUUGAACCUGAAACAAAUGACACUUCUAACAUUCCUUAAACAUGCAGAAUUUUUGCUUCCAUCACUUGAUCUACAGGCGUUUAACCCCUUUAUAUUCAAAGAAUUAGCUAUUAUAUAUCAUAUGCAUACAGUAUGAUGGCUCAUGUAACUGCAGGUUAAUUUGCUUUGUUGCUGUUUGCACCAUAUGAACUUGACCUUGACCUUAUUACCAAGUUUGUACACAUAAUAACAAAAUAUUGUUUUCCGUUUUGUUUUGCUUUCAGUAGCUUAUGCAUUUUAGUCACUGUGGAAAUCUGUAAUACUGUAUAAGAUUUUUUUUUAAAGAUGUGAGCUAUGUGUCUGAGAUUAGUGUGUGUGUGUGUGUGUGUGUGUGUGUGUGUGUGUGUGUGUGUGUGUGUGUGUGUGUGUGCGCGCGCACGCGUGAAUCCCUGGUGUGUUGAUAUGUCUAUAUUUUGUUUAACUGACUAAGCUUCUCUUAAUAAGCGUCACUAGCCAGUGUAUUACCCAACUAAUAUUAAAUUAGUUCUUCUUAAUGAUUAAUAUUUCACAUCAUUGGUAACAUGUACUGUUUCAAGUUCAUCUGAAAUGGGUUUUUCCCUACCUGGUGCUGUAUUUGACCUGUCUGUGGUCAUAUAUGUCUAAUGUGCCGUGGCAUUUCCAUCUAAUUUAAAUAAAGGGGUGGGGCUAUUGCACUUUUUUCCCACGGUGCACAUUUGACUUGUUCCAGGAAAUCUGGGCCUUUUUACUGCUUUAGUGAAAACAAAAUAAACCGUUCUUAAACGACAAAAAAA